AUGCAUCCAGUCCAAUGCCACAACGAAGCCGAUUUCCGCGGCCACGCCGAUAUCGAACCCAACUUAUUCUUCGAGGGCGUCUACAAAUUCUGCCAGGAGCGCUACGACACGACGCAGGUCCUCGACGCGACCGACGACCCGACAAAUGCCGCCUACGAUGACGGCGACGGCCGCCUAGCCCGCAACGCGAGCUGGCGCUACCGGGACUGGCACGGCGUCAACCACGACUUUAGAGUUUGGUGGGAGGCGGGCUGCAGGGUCACCGUCGGGAAACAGAGUGUGCGUCGCCCGUUGGGAGAGGAGGGGGACCCCGUGUGGACGCCGGGGUGUUAUGAGAUCAUGGGGUCUACGCAUUAUGAGUUUAUUCCGCCACUCGUCACGACCAUCAAGAAGCUAUCAAACAUCUCAAUAUACGUCACAAUGGAUACGUUAUUCAUGAAAGCAGUGAGCAUUAAGAUGCCUGACUCCCUCGCCAACCUCAUACAAACCGAUCCGUGGGCCGGUGGAAAAUCUCGUACUCCUGCUGUCAAACAAUCACCACCUAUUGUUACACAAGCACCACCACCACCAGCAGCGGCAGCACCACCACCACCAGCUAAGAUGAGUCAACACCAUGAGACCCAGAACCUUUCCGAAGAGUCCAAAGACACGAAUAGUUCCGGGGGGACGAACCGAAGCAGCGGCGAGAGCGCCGGCGGUACUCGCAGCAACGGCAAGCCAAAGGGCGAAUUAUCAUCCACUGUGGACAUUCUCCUGAACAAGGCGCUAGGGUUUGGAGCUGCGAGCGAAGCUGAGAAGAAGAAGAGCGGUGCUGCGUAA